UUAAAAACUCACGCAGGCAACUUCAUGGGGAUGAUGUGUGUGACUUACCUAGCAAGCUAGGCCUAGAUCAAUUGUGUUGUAGAAUUAUUUAUUGUAAAUUAAUUUUAACCGUACCACAGAUAAUACUAACCUACGUCUUAAAUUUAACUUCACUAUGCUGUCUUACUGUGCAGGCAACACAUCUCUUCUGCCACCAUGGACACAAAAUGGCAUCUCGGUCUGUUUCUUAGAAACUGUGACAUCUUCAGUUCUGUUGAGCAUCAUGAUCUUAGGCGGCGGUGCUCAGCUACUUGUGUAUUGGAUGUGGGCAAUCAGGCUCGAAGAAAAGUUCCAACCUCAAGCGAAAGGCUUUCAAAUCCAAGUAACUCUUUCAUUAUUGAUUAUCGUUCAGUACAUUAUACGUAUAGCCCUCGAAGCGCACUCAGCCGGCCAUCUUCACGGUUACAAUGAACUCAGUACAAUAUUCUACAUCUUGACUUGGAUGAUCUGUCUUUCGUUGCUUUGGACAGAACGUUCCAAAACUUUGAUGAGUUACAGAGGGAGAGGCCAUGGAUUAGUUUUAUUGGUAUUUUGGACCUUCGCACUUGUCAAUGAGAAUUUAGCGUUCAUCUCGUGGAAUAGCCCUCAAUGGUGGUGGUCACUUGGCACUAAGGAUCAGAAGGUUUCCUUUGGUCUGUGGUUGUGUCGUUAUGUAUUGAUAUUUAUUUUGUUCGUGAUUGGGUUUCGCGCACCUGCACUACCGAAGAAAGAGUAUAGACUGUUAGUGAAUGAAGACCUCAAUCAAGAAUCAGCAGUGCCACUUCUUGAGGAGAAUGAAGGUCAAAGCUCAGCUUGGUCAGGAUUCUGGCAUAAGACAAAGCUUAUCUGGCCGUCCGUCUGGCCUAAAGGUCACUACAUGCUCCAGGGAAGGGUCAUCAUUUGUCUGAUGAUCUUAAUCAGUGGGCGUGUAGCCAAUGUUUAUGUGCCAGUUCUUUACAAAGAUAUAGUUAAUGAACUUACCAAGGACUCAGAAGAUGGCGCUAGUAUAUUUCCAUGGCAUCUUAUUUGUGUGUAUGUUGCUAUCAAGUUUUUGCAGGGCGGAGGAUUUGGUGGACUUGGUUUACUGAGUAACGUGCGUUCAUUUCUAUGGAUAAAAGUACAACAAUAUACCACUAAGAGUAUUAUGGUUCAUCUUUUUGGUCAUCUGCAUAGUUUAUCCCUUCAUUGGCAUUUGAACCGUAAAACCGGGGAGGUUCUUCGAAUUAUGGACAGAGGUACAACAAGUAUAAAUAGUAUACUUAGCUACAUCCUCUUCAACAUAGCGCCAACUAUUGCAGACAUUCUCAUUGCAAUUGUCUUUUUCAUCACAAGCUUUAACGCUUGGUUCGGUCUAAUUGUAUUCAUUGCCAUGGCAGCCUAUGUGGUUGCUACAAUUGCUAUUACUGAGUGGCGGACAAAAUAUCGACGAGAGAUGAAUCUUAAGGAUAAUGAGAUGAAACAAAAAGCAGUGGAUUCUCUCCUCAACUUUGAAACUGUGAAGUACUAUGGUAACGAGGAUUUUGAAGUGGAUCGAUAUGAUGUGGCAAUAACAGCAUAUCAAUCAUACUUUCUAAAAAAAAAAACUAUUUUUAUUUUAUUCCAGGUUGGUGAUUAUGUUCUAUUUUCUACCUACAUAAUGCAAUUGUAUUCACCUUUAAACUUCUUUGGUACUUACUACAGGAUGAUUCAGCAGGCUUUUAUUGAUAUGGAGAAUAUGAUUGAUUUGAUGGAAGCCAAGCAAGAUGUUUGUGAUAAUCCAGAUGCUAAAACAUUAGUUUUGAGUAAAGGCAAAGUGGAAUUCAGAAAUGUUUCAUUCCAUUACAGUGCAAAACGAAGUAUUUUAAAAAACAUUUCAUUUUCUGUGAAUCCAGGGGAAACGGUGGCAUUGGUGGGUCCAUCUGGAGCUGGUAAAAGCACAAUCAUUCGCCUGCUUUUCCGUUUCUAUGAUUUGCAAGGAGGACAAAUUUUGAUAGAUGGCCAGAAUAUUACAACACUAUCACAAAGUUCUCUACGCAAAGUGAUAGGAGUGGUUCCACAGGAUACUGUGCUGUUUAAUAAUGAUAUCCGUUACAAUAUCCGAUAUGGACGUGUACAGAGCAGCGACCAGGAAGUUGAAGAUGCAGCAGCUGCUGCUGAUAUCCAUCACAAGAUAGAACAUUUUCCAGAAGGUUAUGCAACAGUUGUUGGAGAGCGUGGUUUAAAACUGAGUGGUGGGGAAAAGCAGCGUGUAGCAAUCGCUAGGACUGUGCUCAAGGCACCCGAGAUAGUUCUUCUGGAUGAGGCAACAUCAGCACUUGACACUAGAACCGAGAGAAACAUCCAGGCCUCAUUAAAUAAUGUUUGCAACAACAGAACAACAAUUGUUGUUGCACAUCGUUUAUCAACAAUCAUCAAUGCAAACACCAUCCUGGUCCUUCAGGAGGGUGCUAUCAUCGAGCGAGGGCGGCAUGAGGAGUUGCUUCAACUCGGGGGAAUUUACGCAAGCAUGUGGCAAUCACAACUACAGUCAGAUGAAGAGGUUGACAAUCAGGUAGAUGCAGAAGUUGAUGAGUCUAACAAGAAAGAUAAUUGAGGAUACCACUUUUGAUCAAGCUUUCACUGAAAUAUUUUCUGCAUGUCAGAUAUUUUAAGUAGACGGGUGUGUGCAGAAUUUACGGAAAUCGCACCUCAAUGUGAAAUCAGAUUAAGUACAAUGGAGGUUAAAACAGCAAUGAUUUUACAAAUGAUUUUUAUAUUGCUGCUCCAAUGCUUUGGAAUGGACUACCAUUUUUCAUUGGCAAUAUAACAUCUUUAGUUGCUUUUAAAAGCCACCAAAAAACAUCUCUAUUCAAGCAGUCAUUAGCAGUAACAACAAGUGCUUGACAGCGUUCUAGAAUGCAAGGGAGGCUAUAUAGAUCUACAAAUAUUUUGAAGGAGUGCGCCACAAUUUUAAGACAUUGGGGACCAUGAUCUCAAAUAUGUAUUUGUUGGAGGUGUGGUCACACGUCUGGAGAUGAGGCCACACCCUUGGAUGAACAUGUUACAAUCAUGGAAUUGUGGAGUGGCCACAAUGGAGGAGUUUUCUUAUAAUCUUGAGAGAAACAGGGCCACUAUCUUGGAGUGACAGAACCUUGUUGUUAAAGGGUGGGACAGUAAUCAUAUUUUUGUAUAUAACCUUGUGUAUUCUGGUAAGUGGGAGGUCAAAUAUCAUUCAAAUGUUAAUGGCCUACUGAAGGAAAAGGUGGAUAAACAAAGGAUUCACUAAAACCCAGUUAUUUGAAAAGGUGGAUAUUUAUGAAACAAAAUGAUGUGUUUGCCAAAAUGGAAAGCUUGGGCAGCACAUAGAAUGGUUAAAGUAGUUGUGAGAGCAUGUCCACACACUGCUCUGUGGGGUGCCUGCAGUAGCAUAUUUACCACCGAUUUUGGCCUACCGAUGGAAAUAUCAACAAUUACACAAUAUACAACCAGAAGUGACCUCUUGGCAUGUUGCCAAAUCCAAUUGCUGUAUCAUAAAACUGUGUAAAUUUUCCUUAGUCAAUAACUAUAAAAAUGAGUUCAAUCAGGAAGUUUGUAAUUGGUUCAAUAGCCCUAAAUUAUGCAGUUGAUAACAAUGAAUAAGGGCAUAACUGCUGAGUUGUAGAUUUGGUAGCAGGAAUACUAAAAAGAUAUCUUAUAGUUGGUUUAUAUUGAUAUAUCUUUACAACUGAAAAUGUUUUGCACCACACAGGUCCCAAGUCUCCUGAAAACUCGCGGGAGCAAGCAACCAGGAAUCUGGAAAUUAACCCAUCUCUGGGAAUUCACAAUUUUGCAUGUUUUUACUGCUUUGUUAUCGAUUUUCUCACAAAAGUCAGUGCCGAUGGGUAUCACUUUGUGCAGCAAAAUAAAAUUAAAUGUGUUAAGAUGCUAAGAAAGCUUGUUAACUAGAUCAGUGGUGGAUUUAAGGGCAUGGGCAGAGCCGGCCCAGGCCCCCUAAAUAUUUAAAAAUGGAGUAGAAAGGAAAAUUAUAUUCAAAUUUAAGUCUGGCAAGGCUAUUUCCGGCCAUCUGGAGCAGGUGCCAUAGUUAUAAAUUUUCCUGCCUCAGCACCAACCCUGGUGGGGCUGAGGUGCUCUAACCCCCACGCCCCCUUCACCCCGCCGCCGUAGAUCUCCCGGAAAUGACUUCUUCCAACUUGGGACCCCUGUAAUCAUGUUUUUGAAAUUAAUAUAAUUAUUAAUUUUUCACUUGCUAAUCGUUUUUCUGCAGAUGUUAAUAUUGUUAGUCUUGUUGGGACUAUAAAAUAUUUAUACCUACGUUUAAUUUUUGCUAUUAAUAAAUUAGGUUUAAUUUUAUGAGAAUAAAAAUCAACAAUGUUUCGAUUGAA